CCCAGGCUCUCCUCCGCAGCCCGCCCGCCGCCGGUGCUGGUCUGGUCCGUGCCUCCCUCCGAAGAUGUGUGACGACGAGGAGACCACUGCACUGGUGUGCGACAACGGCUCGGGGCUGGUCAAGGCGGGCUUUGCCGGAGACGAUGCCCCCAGGGCCGUUUUCCCGUCCAUCGUCGGCCGCCCGAGGCACCAGGGUGUUAUGGUUGGCAUGGGUCAAAAAGAUUCCUAUGUGGGUGAUGAAGCUCAGAGCAAAAGAGGUAUCCUUACUUUGAAAUAUCCUAUUGAACACGGCAUCAUCACCAACUGGGAUGAUAUGGAAAAGAUCUGGCACCACACUUUCUACAAUGAACUCCGUGUGGCCCCUGAGGAACACCCUACCUUGCUCACAGAAGCUCCCUUGAACCCUAAAGCUAAUCGUGAAAAGAUGACCCAGAUAAUGUUUGAGACCUUCAAUGUACCUGCUAUGUAUGUGGCAAUCCAGGCUGUCCUGUCCCUGUACGCCUCUGGUCGUACAACAGGUAUUGUUCUUGACUCUGGCGAUGGUGUCACCCACAAUGUACCUAUUUAUGAAGGUUAUGCUUUGCCUCAUGCUAUCAUGCGUCUGGAUCUGGCUGGCAGGGAUCUGACUGACUACCUCAUGAAGAUCCUCACAGAGCGUGGCUAUUCCUUUGUGACAACAGCUGAACGUGAGAUUGUUCGUGAUAUCAAAGAGAAAUUGUGCUAUGUUGCACUGGACUUCGAGAAUGAAAUGGCCACUGCUGCCUCUUCUUCCUCUCUGGAAAAGAGCUAUGAAUUGCCUGAUGGUCAAGUGAUCACAAUUGGUAAUGAACGUUUCCGCUGCCCUGAAACCUUAUUCCAGCCAUCCUUUAUUGGUAUGGAAUCUGCUGGUAUUCACGAAACUACCUACAACAGUAUCAUGAAGUGUGAUAUUGAUAUUCGUAAGGACCUGUAUGCUAACAACGUCCUCUCGGGUGGAACGACAAUGUACCCUGGCAUUGCUGAUCGCAUGCAGAAAGAAAUCACUGCACUUGCUCCUAGCACUAUGAAGAUCAAGAUCAUUGCCCCACCUGAGCGCAAGUACUCUGUCUGGAUUGGUGGCUCCAUUCUAGCAUCUCUGUCCACCUUCCAGCAAAUGUGGAUCAGUAAACAGGAGUAUGAUGAAGCUGGUCCAUCCAUUGUCCACCGCAAGUGCUUCUAAGCACUUUUCCCCUCAAUUUACUUCCCACUCAGGAUGACGACAAUAUGCUUCUUGGAGUCUUCUGGCAACCCUUCCUGAACUCUUCAGUCAUUGUACAGUUUGUUUACACACCCGUGCAAUUUAUUUGUGCUUCUAAUAUUUAUUGCUUUAUAAAUAAACAAGAUCUGGGACUUGCAACCUA